UUUAGUGGGGGGUUCUCUUAAAGCAGGUUUUUCGCGAGAGGAGAAAUUGAUGCGCAGUGACCGUUUGCGCAUGGCGGUCUAUUUCAAAAUAAUGUUGGAGUUUAUUGGAAAUUAUGUUAGAAGAAAUAAAGAGAUGAAUAUAAAAAAUAGUAGAAAAAUUACAGAAAGUAAUCAUAAAUUUCUUUCUUGCAUUUUGUCCAUACCCAAAAUUAGCCUUAUGUUUAUGCUAUUGUGCUUUGAUAGGUUUUGACAAUUCUUUCUGUUUACAUUGUCAGCCAUAUGCACCGCAUGACGUAACUGCGCAUGACGCAAUAUGUAUCUAAAGUUUUAGGGAAGAGGAACACGAUAGGGGAAAUUUGUCUUAUUAGAGGUUGUCUUAUGAGAGGUUCGACUGUAAAUUGUUCUUAUUACUAGUGAUGUUGAUGUAAACUUCCGGUUGCGCAAAUGGAAACGGAAAUAGUUCUGUACUGACAUUCGGCUUUGUUAAGCUUUUUUAAAGUGAUAUAUCUUCUUUAUAAUUUAGUAAUACUUUUAGCUAUUUUUUUCUAUUACAUUCAUAAUAAUUGUGAUAAAUAAUUAGUGAACAUUUGUGGAAAUUCUGGAGCAAUAAUUUCGGUUUAUAAAUCUGUUACACAUGUGUAAGAAGAGCAAAGAAAUCAAGUCAAGCAACCGAAGGAGAACCAUGGCCUUUACCAUGGAUCAAAAAUACCUCUAAUGAAUCAUUAUUUUUGCAUCCUAUAAAUUUUGUCAUUAAAACUGAAGAUAAUGAUUGUCAAAUUUUGUACGAUGCUAUUCAAAGAUACACAUCAAUUAUUAUCACCGAAUCCAAUUCUGCUGGACGUUUCACUAAUGGAAAUGAAAAAUUAGAUUCUUCAAUAAUAGGAAAUUUAACUCGUCUUAACAUAAAAAAAUUAAAAUUCUGCGAAAAAAUGCCCUACUUUCAAAUGGAUGAAUCAUAUAGUUUGGAAAUCAUCGAAAAUGAAUCAAAUUUAAAUGCAGAUUCAGUUUGGGGAGUUCUUCGAGGUCUCGAAACUUUUAGUCAAUUAUUAUCUGCAUCUGGAAAAGGAAAUAGUUUGAAAAUAAGGAAACAAAUUAUCAAAGAUAAGCCUCGAUUGCCACAUCGAGGACUUCUUUUAGAUACAUCUCGUCAUUUUAUACCCGUAAAGGAUAUUCUUCUCACUUUAGAUGCAAUGUCCUAUAAUAAAUUGAACGUAUUUCACUGGCAUAUUGUAGACGACAAUAGUUUUCCAUUUAAAAGCGCAAUUUUCCCUGAAUUAUCAUCAAAAGGUGCUUAUCAUCCAUCAAUGAUUUACAAGAAAAACGAUAUUGAACAGAUCAUCAAUUAUGCACGACUUAGAGGAAUACGUGUGAUUCCUGAAUUUGAUACACCUGGACAUACCGAAUCUUGGGGUCAAGGAUAUCCCGAUUUACUCACCAAAUGUUAUGAUGAAAAUGGAAACUUAGAUGGAACAGUUGGUCCCCUUGAUCCAACAAAUCCAAAAGUAUAUGAAUUUUUAGAGAAAUUGUUUCAUGAAAUUGUUGAUAUUUUUCCAGAAAAAUAUCUUCAUCUUGGAGGUGAUGAAGUACCUUUCAAAUGUUGGGAAAGUAAUUUAAAAAUUUUGAAUUUCAUGAAGAAUCAUAUGAUGAAAAAUUUUACAGAAUUAGAAAAUUUUUACAUCAACAAAUUGCUUAAUAUAACAAAUAAUCUUAAUUCCAAAACAAUAGUCUGGCAAGAAGUUUUUGAUAAUGGUGUAAAAAUUGAAGCCGACACAAUUGUUCAAGUUUGGAUUGGUCCAGCAUGGAAAAAGGAAGUUGUUAAAGUAACAGAAGCCGGAAAUCCUGUAAUACUUUCCGCUUGUUGGUACCUUAGUGAUCUUUUAAGUGGAGGAGAUUGGAAAAAAUUUUAUUACUGUGAUCCACUAUUAUUUUCUGGCACUAAAGAUCAAAAGAAACUUAUGAUGGGUGGUGAAGCUUGCAUGUGGGGAGAAUAUGUUGACAAGAACAAUUUGCAUCAAAGAAUUUGGCCUCGAGCAAGUGCAGCUGCUGAACGACUUUGGAGUUUUAACAUACAACCCAUGAAUUUCGUGUCUAAACGUCUUGAGGAGCAUUCUUGUCGAAUGAACAAACGUGGUGUACCUGCCCAGCCUCCCAAUGGAUCCGGUUUCUGUUUAAUUUGAAAACUACACAAUUCUGCACAAAAAGAAUUUAUCGCAGACAAAAACUCGGGUUCUUCUUCACCUAUCACCGAUCCUGUCGAAUGUGUAGGAGUGGGGCAAGGGGCGCACAAUCCGAACCGAUAGUAGAACCCACACCAGCAGCAGUUCUCUUUGCCAGCUGUGUGUGGUUUCGUGAACGUGUCUUCCCUGUUAUUUGUAGUUCAUAUACCCAGGUAAAAACGUGUUCUCAUAUUCGUCGACAAAAUAAAAUAUAUCCUUUAAAAAGUU